CUUGGAGGAAGCGGCCAUUGAAGCGCCACGAAGUCUCAUUCUUCUUUCUCCAAUAAUAACAGAGAGCGAUUCUUUUUACUAUUCCAAUUUCAUUUUCAAUGUUACCAACACGAGCUCAGAUUUUCAUACACCAAUUUUUCUAUAUGCAUCGUUAUACACAGAAGCAGUCGCGGAUCUCAAUUUCAGGUGUUUGCGAUUCCGAUUUAGGUUUGAUCGGUUGAAAUUUUUUCCGAUGGUGGAUCAUUACCAAGUUCUAGGCGUUACGAGAAACGCGACGAAGAAGGAGGUUAAAGAUGCGUUUAGGAGAUUGGCGAUUAAGUAUCAUCCGGAUAAGCACGCUCAGUCUCCGGAGCAUGUUCGUCAUAACGCCACCGUGCGGUUUAAGCUUGUAUCGGAGGCGUACGAAGUUUUGAAUGAUGAUCUGAAACGCGCGUCUUAUAACGCUGGUAGCGAUUCUGAUUGCUUUCGCCGUACGAGCGGUUCGUAUAGUAAUCCGUAUGGAAAUCGUGGUGGCAGAGCGCAAGGUUCUGGUUACGGUUAUGGUUAUGGUUACUCUACGAGGAAUCGUCAGGCCUCUAGCUUCAGCAGCGGGUUUGAUUCGACGUUUCGUUAUUUGACUACGCGAGCGUUUCUAUUGAAUCUCGCAUUAGCUGGUGGUCUGUACUUUGCGUUUACUGCGAUUGAUACAAGCGGAGAAACACUAUGGAAAAUGCGUAACUCAGGGAAAUCAUUCGAAGAAGCAAUGGAAUCAAUCGAGAAAUCAAAGUCACAUAAAGAUGAAGGGUGAAAGAGAAGAAUCAAAGGUACUUCUAAAGACUUUGACUUUUUAAGCUGCUUCUGUGGGCCUGGUGGGUUUGUGUGGGUCAUUGCUAGGGACUUUUAUAGAUUUCACUCUCUUAGACAGGAGAUGUGAAAAUGUAAGUAAAUUUAUCAAAAAUGAACCAUGAGAAGUUGAAAACCCUAAUUUAUCAUGAAGUGUAAUAGAUAGGUUUUUAUGUUCUUGUAACAAAUAUUCAUCUCUCCAGAUAAUAAUCGAUUAUGAGAGAAGUCCUAGUACACGCAAUUGUAUUUGAAUGCAUAAUGGGCAAGCAGAGAUGGGAUGUUGUAAUAAAACAAAAACUUAUUUUGGCUUUGUAUCAGUAAUGGAGACAUUAUUGUAUUAGUGGUCGUAACGUA